CACGGCCCGACCUGCAGUCCUCCAAGCCGGUCAUGGAGAAGCGGCGCCGAGCGCGAAUAAACGAGAGCCUCGCCCAGCUCAAGGCCCUGCUCCUGGACGCGCUGAGGAAGGAGGGCCGCCAGCAGUUGUCAGAGAGCGCUCCCCUGGUGGGAGCCCAUGUUUGCCUGGACAUGCAGUCCACAUAUGUGUGUGCACAGAGUGAGACCCGGCCCUGGGUGUCCACAAGAAACAAAGGGACAGGACACUCCAUCACCCACCAUCCUGGGGGGCUUCAGCACCCGCUGGGUCGCAGGUCCGAUGGGAGAGGUAAGGUAGUGAUGCUUUAAAAGGGAACAAGCCACCUUCUCCACACCUGCAAGGCUUUGGGGUAGGCAGGGAACUCAAGGGGACAGAAAAGUGAUCACCACCAAGGAAACUGUGGACAAUUUGGACUGUGCUAAAAUUUGAAUUUUAUCCCUUUAAGUUGCUGUUCAUCCAAAAUAAAGUAAAAUAAAUUUCUGUUCAUCCAAAGGCAUCGUGAAGAAACUGAAAAAGUGAGACAGAGAGAUAAUCAAAGUGCAAACAUUUAAUAAGAUGCAUAUCCAAAGUGUGUGAAAGCUCCCACAAAUGAGUAAGGAAAAGGCCUAGAGAGUGGCGAAAGCCCUGAGGAGACGCUUUGGAUGGCCAGAGCCUUACUGCUAUCGAGGAGGUGUGUGCCCAGAGGAGGCAGGUGUGGGCACACCGUCCCAGACUGUCUAGUCCCUGGUGAAUGCAGGACCCCCCCAGGAGGACCGCUAGCAGGCCCACCGCCUCUGACCAUGCACUCUACAAAACCAUGGACACACGUUUGCCAAAAGGAUAUUCCUGGCUAGUCACCACAUUGCUGUUGAUUAUUAGCUGCAAAUGGAAAGCAACCCAAGCCUCAGCCCAGGAUACGCUUUUUGGUGAGCGCCUGGCAGGCCCUGACGGCCCAGCCCCCAGUCCCCAGCUCCAGGGAUAGGGAAAGAAAUGACCGUGAGAUAACACACUUUGUACAGACUGGUCUCUGCCCCAGUUUCUGGCCCCGAGCUCUGGAAACCCUGUCAUGUCCUGGAUGGCAGGAGCACCAGCAGAAUCUGGUCCCGUGAGCAGCUCUGGUGAGCCCUGCAUUCCCGAGAGCGGGGACAGGCUGAACCCAGAGUGAAUGACCGACCGGCCCCGGGUAGUCUGCUGUCUACCCGGGGGGCUGGAGUGAGUGGGAAGGGCAGCUGCUGGUUGGUGGCACUCAGGACACGGAAGCCCUGCCCCUUCCACUUGCCACGCCCAACGCAUCACUUCCAUCCGUGAUCAUCUGUGUCCAUUGUCACAUCUAUUUAUAAUCAGCUGGCAAAUGUGGGUGUUUCCCUGAGUUCUAUGAGCCACUCCAGCUACGGAGCCCAAUCCAAGGGGCAGCAGCCAUGGGAACCUCUGAUUUGUGCCAAGUCAGACAGAUGUCCGGGGCCUGGAGUCCAAGGGGCAGCCUUGUGGGACAAAGCCCUUAAGCUGGGAUCUGAGUCUCUAUGGCAGGCAGGCAGCGCCAGGAUGCACUGAAAUUGGUGUGCGAAAUCCCCACGCCUGGACCUGGUGCAGAGCUCUGUGUGACCAGGAAGGAGCCCCAAGGAGACACAGGUGUGGACGGGCUCGGAGGGUGACCUUCCCGGGCCAGGCUCACCUGCCCAGGAGCACAGAGCCUUCCCGUGAGGCGUCUGGCAGUGGCCACGCCAUUUGUUCCCUGGAGUGCUUCCUGAACACCUGUCACAUGGAAUCGUUUGCCGACACUCAAUGCCCAUUCUGGCGCAUCCUUGCAAUGUCUCCACUGUUGCCCUCGCAGCUCAGUCCUGCUGUCCCCGCUGUCCCCCCUGUCCGCUCCCCCAGGCCUGUCCCUCGGCCUCACAGGGUUUCCGUCCCAUGACGUGGGCUGUUGGGAAUGGUCUUCCCUGGGUGCCCACAUGCUGUCUGCCUGCUGCUCCCUCCUGUGCUCUCAGUGACCUGCCCAGGGGAAGGCAGCACAGCCCCAAGCCCAGAAGGUCAGGAGCCCGGCCCACAGCAGGGGCUUUGGGACCCAACUCUGCCACUCGCUGGCUGUGUGGCUUACCCUCUCUGUGCCAUACCCAACUCUCCUGUGAAAGAGGGUCCUCCUGGCACCCCCGACCCACCAGGAAGGUGUCCCUCAGGGUGGACAGUGAUUGGCAAAGUGCUCAGGGGGGUCCUGGCAGGACCUGCUGCUCACCAGCUGUGUCAGAGGCAUGUCACCCCGCCCCGCUCCUGGGGACUGGCUCACCUGGGGUGGUGGCAUCUGAUGACCUUUCCUGCACCCCUGUCUGGGGUCCCAUCCCCAGGAGCCUAUGUGGGAAGAUGCUGGUAGUAGUGACCCCCUUUUCCUUCCUGACCUCUCCAGGGGCCCAGGGGCCAUGCCCAUUUGGGGUGCCCUCCAACUGGAAGCCUUCAACAACUCCACACGUCCCCCACAUUCCCCACAGGAUGGGUAGUGCUGCGGGGGAGGUGUCUGCACCAAUCACCUCCAGAGGACCUGGAGGAACAUUCUGGAAUCCAUCAUUUCCCACCGUGUCACUCUAAUCCCUCCAUUCCCCACAUGCAUUAGGACAAAGCCCUAAGACUCAGAGGUUCUGGACUGGCCUGGGGGGGGACAGAGGGUGGGGGAAUGGGAGGCGGAAAAAGUCCCCCAGCAGUGGGGUCCCUUUAAGAAGAAGGAGCAGCUUUCAGCCAGGCAAAGAAAAGCCACGUGCUGAUUGCUGGUCAGCAUUCUCUGGCCAGAGUCCGACCUGACCAGGAAGGUGUCCCUCACGUAGCUGGAGGCCCCUCAAAUGCCAUCUAUUUGUGGCCUGGGCCCUGCUGGCAGGCUGGAGACAUGUGACCCUGGGAUGGGUAUUUUUGGCUGUGGGGGUGGGGCUGCAUGGCGAGCCAGCACCAGGCCAGGGACAGGCAGCUUAGACGCCCAGCGCUGCUGCUUGGCUGCUGCGGGGUCUCAGGUACGGCAACAGCAGCCCCUCGUUCCCGCCCUGAGGGGUCCCCGAGGCAGACAGCCCCCAGGGACCUUCCCUAGAGCUAGAGAGGAGGGUGAGGUUCAGGGUCAGGCAGCCACCUCAGUGCCUGGGGUCCAGCGUCUCCACCGCAGAGACAGAAGGGCAGUCCUCAGGGGUUGAGGGGUUGGAGACGCUCCAGCCAGGGUCACCUUGGGUCACGGAGACGGGCAGGGGGAGGGGCGCAUCCUUGUCGGGGACACAGACCCUAAGGAUGACCGAGGGGGCAGGAGCUCCUUUCUGUUCUGGGGCCUCCUCCCUAGGCUCUUGCUGGGGACCCACGAGCACUCUGGCCAGCAUCGGCGUGACCAGCGUGCGCUCAGAGGAAGCCCAGCAGCCUGUCCCAGCCAAGGCUAGGGGAAGGUCAUCACCCAAGGCUGGUCACCUGCUGGAUAUUGUGGCCCCGCCCCCAUGGCCAAGUGCCACCUGGGGCAUGCUGGGACAGUCCAGGACUCCCCACAGCCACGCCGGCCUGUCCAGAGGAAAGUUGGAGGGUAAGGCCGACCCAGCUGAGCAGGAGAUGCUUGGAGACGUGAAGGAAAGCCACUUCUGGGGUUGAAAAAUCUACACACGAGGAUCCUACUUCUUCGUGCCCCUCACUGAUCCAGAGCGCGUUUGGUGGAAGGAAUGUGACCACGUGUCGGAGAGUUGCCACAGGGGGUCAGUUUGGAAGCAGAGACGGUGGGGCUGUAGCUGUUUGGACCUGGAGGAAGCAGCCAGCUGCCGUCUGCAUCCUGCUCUGCUGGCCUGCAGGUUGGAGAUGCCAGCCCAGUGCUGAGCCAGGGCAGAGAGGUGCUGGCAGACAGGCAGGGGGUGAAGACCCCGGCCCUGCUGCCCGAGAUGGAGAACUUCCAGUACAGUGUCCAGCUGAGUGACCAGGACUGGGCUGAGUUCUCAGCCACCGCCGAGGAGUGUGGCCUCCUGCAGGCUAGCCUGGCCUCUGGGGAUGAGCUGCUGUCCAGUGACAUUGACCAAGGGGACAGCAGCGGAAGCAGUCCCCCUGGGCCUCGGCCCCUGCUCGGGGGGAGUGGCUGGCCUGGCUUCGAGGAGGAGGACCGGGCGGCCACGAAGCAGCUGGUCAGCAGGUCUUGGCAGGAGCCCACCCUGGCCCUGGGGGCCGGUCAGCAGAUGCCCAGCACGUCAGCACAGUCAGAACCCCGGCCGUCCCUCAGCUUGGGCGCCGCCUCUCCCAGCCAGAGCGUGUCCCUCCAAGGGCUAGUGCCUUCCAAAGACGAGAUGCAGAGGCUUCUGCAGGGGCCAGCCCCCCGGGACCCUGCCCCUCGACCCCCUGGUGAGCCUCCUCCAAGCCCUGAGUCCCCAGGCCGCAGCCCUCUGCCCCAGAGGCCCCCCAGCAGCCCUGGAGCCCUAGCCCGAAGCCCCAGCAGAAAGAAGAGGCGCGCUGCUGGUGCCAAGGGGGGUGGGCGCUUGAGUGCCGCGGGCUCUGCUCCCACCUCCCCGCUGGGCUCCCCGCUGCUCCCUGAGGCCAGGCCCAAGGAGGGCCGAGGCCCAGCUGGGUCCGGGGGGCAGGGCCCUUCAGCUGGGUCGGCCGAGCCGACAGCAGGAGCCGGGCAGGACGAGCGGGGCCUGGAGUCUGCAGGGGCCUCCGAGCAGGUGGCCUGGCCGGGACUGGAUUUGUCUACACCUGUCCUCACGACUGAGCAAGGUACGGACCCACUCAGCAUGACCCCUGGAGCUGGGCCACUCGCCGUGGCCACACCUGCCCCAGAACCUGGUCCAGAUUUCUUAAUGGCUAAGUCAGACCCAGUUCUGUCUACACCCAACUCCAAAACUCAUUCUACCACGGCUCUGUCUACACCUGCCUCCAAGCCUCAUCCUGAUAUGGCUCCGUCUGCACCCAUCUCCAAGCCUCAUCCUGAUAUGGCUCCGUCUGCACCCAUCUCCAAACCUCAUCCUGAUAUGGCUCCGUCUACACCCACCUCCAAGCCUCAUCCUGACACAGCUCCGUCUACACCCGCCUGCGAGCCUCAUUCUAACACGGCUCUGUCUACACCUGCCUCCAAGCCUCAUCCUGACAAGGCUCCGUCUGCACCCACCUCCAAGCCUCAUCCUGACAAGGCUCCGUCUACACCUGCCUGCGAGCCUCAUUCUAACACGGCUCUGUCUACACCCACCUCCAAGCCUCAUUCUACCACGGCUCUGUCUACACCUGCCUCCAAGCCUCAUCCUGACAAGGCUCCGUCUAUACCCUCCUGUGAGCCUCAUCCUGACACGGUUCCUUCUACACCCGCCUCCAAGCCUCAUCCUGAUAUGGCUCCGUCUACACCUGCCUGCGAGCCUCAUUCUAACAUGGCUCCAUCUACACCCGCCUCCAAGCCUCAUCCUGAUAUGGCUCUGUCUACACCCACCUCCAAGCCUCAUUCUAACACGGCUCUGUCUGCACCUGCCUGCGAGCCUCAUUCUAACAUGGCUCUGUCUACACCCCUUUCCAAGCCUCAUCCUGACAAGGCUCUGUCUGCACCUGCCUGCGAGCCUCAUCCUGACACGGCUCCAUCUAUACCCACCUGUGAGUCUAGACUGGAUGUGGCCCUGACCCCACCGGGCAGAAAGGUCAAGCCGCAGGUGGACUCAUCUGCACCUGCCUCCAAGGCAGAGUCUGAUGUGGGUGCUUCCACCCUGGCCCCCAUCCCCCAGAACAGGCCUGACACAAUGGAGGCCAAGGGCGCCCCACAGGCCAAGUUGGAUUUGGGCUCAGUGGGAUCUUCAGGAGGGCGCCAAGAAAAGCCCAGAGGGGGGCCCUCCGAAGGUGCCCCUGGACACCCCUCGGGGGCGCCCCCCCCAGGGCCUGUCCCAGGCAGGAAGAAGAAAGUGCGGUUCUCUGUGUCUGAGCCCAGCCCCCAGGAGCCAGGGUCAGAGGAGGCCACGCGCCCCCUCUCACCAGCCACAGCUGGGCCCUCGGCCCCCAGGAUGGCCGCAGGGGGCCGUGGGGGGCCUGGAGCUUGGGAUGCAGUGGCGGUUGGGCCCAGGCUUCCCCAGCCUCGGAUCCUGAAGCACCUGCCCCCCCCUGCCGCCUUUGGCUCGGGGGGGCCUGGGUAUAAAAGCUGUUUUGCUGUGACUGUCCCUGAGGCCUACGAGUUCUUUUUUUGUGACACCAUUGAGGAGGUGGAUGAAGAGGCUGAGGAGGAGGCAGAGGCUGGCGAGGGCCAAAUGCAGUGGCCAGAAGUGUGUGAGUUCUUCUUCCGGGACAGCCGAGCCAAGAGGUCUGGGCCCCGGGGGGGCCACUCCCCGGCCCCAGCCCCAGAGGCCAAGCCUGUGCCAGCCCCUCUGCCCGGAGACCCCGAGCCCAUCUCCUUCCCGGAGGCCUAUGAACACUUCCUUGGAGAGGACAAGCUGGAAGACGUGCUGGGGCCCGCUGCCCUCCUCCAGCUGCAGGCCCAGGAGGCCCCCACAACGGGGCCCCAGGAGGUGCAGCCUGGCCCUGCACUGGAGCCCAGCCCAGCGGCCAUAGAGCAGCUCGACCUGGUGCUCAGGCAAGCAGGGGAGUCCUGGGGUCCCCUCGCCUCGUUUACCUUCAGCCAGAAGGACAUGUGCCUGGUGUUUGUAGCCUUUGCCACGUGGGCUGUGAGAACCUCAGAUCUGCACACCCCAGACGCCUGGAAAACAGUUCUGCUGGCCAACAUCGGCACCAUCUCUGCCAUCCGCUACUUCCGCCGGCAGGUGAGGCAGGGACGCCGAAGCCCCAGCCCCUAGGAGCCAGACUCAGCCCAGGAAGUCGCAGGACCAGGAAAUGGCCACACGUGCUCAGGCCAAGGUGCUGCCCUCUGGCCUUGCCCUUUGACCUUUGUGUUACGCGGCAGCAUCUAGAAGGAGCCAGCGUCCUUGGUCCUGGCUGUUUUGGACUCCACCCGAGGCUCAGGCCAGUGGCCGAAGCCCAGGCUGUGCCCGCACCUGGGAGGGGAGACUGGGAAGGUUGGGUGGCUGGGGUGCAGCAGGGAACUGGUUAGGAAGGUGGCCAGAUUAGCAAAUAAGCAGUGUCCAGUAAAGCUGGAAGUUCAGACAGGCAGUCUGAGAGAGCUUAUACUAAGAAAUUACUUGUGGUUUCUCCAAAAUCACAUGGAACCGGGCCUUUGUAUUGGGUCUGAUUAUCAGUUAGAUGGUGAGAGGCAGGAUGGAGCAGGAAAUCAGCGGGUGUCCAAGCACCUGGAGACGGGGCAGGCGCGGGGCGGGGCUGGAGGGCCUUUUUGGCCUGUUUGAACCUGAACCCAAGGGCCUGUGCCAAGGCCUCCUGGCUGCUGCCCGAGACAAGGAGCAGGUACUUGGAGGGGCUUCAGGAAGGUGAGCCCAGUGGCCCCUGUGGGUGGGGGUCUGUAGGGCAGAGCCUGGAGCCCCUCCUUGGGAGAGUCCUGGACGAGGUUCCAAGCAGAGUUUCAUGGAGUCAGGCUGAGAAAUGGAACACUGAGCUUGUCCCGGGGCUGAGAGGAGCCAAAGGGAGGGCAAAAGGGCGGGCAGGGGCAGCUGGGUGCUGGAAGGGAUCCAGACAGAUAGUGAGCAUAGGUCCUGGGGCCACAGGGCCUCCUGGCUGUGAGUAAAGAACGUGUGGACACAGACAAAUAAAAUCUCCUUCUCUUCUUUCUUC